AGCGAAGAUAAAGCAAGGCUGACGGCUGGCGAUUUCCACCUGAGCCCCUGAGACGAGACGUCAGUGCAGUGAAAAGAGUCGAUAGCGAUUUCGCGAAGGUAGAAUUCCGACCAUGAUCACCGUGAUUGCAUAACGAUGAUUGCCAAGAACCUGAGCUGAGAUUACUAUGGCUUGACACAAGCAACUCAGUUGGCGAGAGUGACGAUCGAACGGCGAGUAGAUCUUGGAAAAUGGUUGCUCUCAAGAACGUAAUUCUCGUUGCAGCGAUGCUGACCGGCACCGUCGUGGUCUCACAAAAGGCGGACCCAGAAGAAUACAUAAAUGCCGAAGCCUCCUGCCCUCCAGCAGACCUCACGGCCGAACUCGUUCCUGGCGAUUCCGAUUCCCUUAACGUGACUUGGGAAAAGCCUGACCCCCCGGAGUGUAACGUCAUCGCGUACACCGUUAGUUGGCAACCCGUUUCCGGCCAGGGUUCGCUGCAGCAGAAGGACACGAACGCCACUCAGAUCACGAUCACCGAACUCGACCCUUUCCGAAACUACAAUGUCUGCGUGGAAGCGCACACGAACACUUCGAAGGCAGGGCCUGGCGAUUACGCAUGUGUUGUUGGGAUAACCGACAAACCGGAGUGCCCCGCGCAGAAGGACGCCGCCAACACCACAGUGUCUGAAGUGCCGAAUGAGCCCCGAGAGCUGUACGUCACGUGGGAGAACCCUGAGAUCGCCGCAUACUGUCCCGUCGAAUACAUCCAGCUGACCCACAGGAAGAAUGGAAGUACUAGCACACAGAAUGUAUCGCUUCUUGCUAAUGCCACGGACUGUACUAUUGAAAAUUUGGAGCCAUGCACCUUAUACCAAGUGUAUGUGAUUGCUGUGAUUAACGAGACAGGUUUACAUAAUGGAACGUGGAAUGAUGGGGUCACUGGAGCUGAAAUUCCCGCUCCUCCAGCGAGCGUAAGAGCUGACUGUGUAAACAGUUCCGAUUCCCUUAACGUGACUUGGGAAGAGCCAGACCCCAUGGAGUGUGACGUCAUCGCGUACACCGUCAGCUGGCUACCCGUUUCCGGCCAGGGUUCGCUGCAGCAGGAGGACACGAACGCCACUCAGAUCACGAUCACCGAACUGGACCCUUUCCGAAGCUACAAUGUCUGCGUGGCGGCGCUGACAGAGGCGGGCGCUGGCGAUUUCGCGUGUGAUGUAGGAACAACCGACGAGGCAGUGCCUGACGCGCCCACCAACCUCUCGGUGGACGCCACGACCCCGGAGUCCAUCCUGGUCAGCUGGGCGCCCCCGGAAGUGCAAAACGGCGUGAUCACAGACUACAAUAUCUCCUGGGCGUGCCCCAGCGGGAACCACGGGAGCGCCUCCACGGACGCAGUGGACACGGUCUACAACAUCACGGGCCUCUCGCCGUGCUCUUUGUGCGACGUGGCCGUGCGCGCCGCCACGUCCAAGGGCUUCGGCAGCGCGAGCCCGGAGCUCGAGGCGGCGUCCAGCGAGGCGCCGCCGCCACAACCUCCAGAAAUGUCUUGUUCGAGUGUGCCGCCCAGUGCAGACAGCAUUGUUGUCACCUGGACCCCACCAGAAACAUUCUGCAAUGUGACCACGUACAACGUCACGUACAUCGGAGACGUUCUGUGGUCGGACCAGAAAGAAGUCAAUUCACUGGAGACUUCCAACAAAUUCGCCAGCUUGAACAGCUUGACCUCUUGGACUCGCUACAACGUGUGCGUCGCGGGCGUCGUCUCGGACGGCUUUGUGGGCGGACGGUCCUGCUGCGACGCCAUCACCCAAGAGGCAGCGUCCGGCCCCCCCGCCUCGCUCAACGUGUCGGCCACGAGCAGCAGCAGCAUCAGCGUCUUCUGGGAGGAACCGCUGGCGCCGAACGGGAAGAUCGACGGCUACGAGCUGACUGUCGGCGGCGACGCAGUGCAAGUGCAGAAUGUGACGGAGCACACCAUCACCGGCCUCGCCAAGAACUCGAACUAUAAUAUAAGCUUAAAGGCCCACAACGGGGCGGGUUACGGCGCGGCGGCGACAGUGACGGCGAAGACGCAGAAGGCGGCCAACGUGUCUGGCAUCGUGGCAGGCGUGGUGUGCGGGCUACUGCUGGUGGCCGCAGGCGUGGCUGCCUUCCUCUACAGGGACGCUCUGAGGAACUUGGUGGCCCAAAAGACCUCGAAAAGGGAGGAAGUGCAAGAACACCCCCUGUCCUCGACGACCACUGCAGUUAAGAAGAAUUCCCUGUGGAGUUACAUUGACGCCCUGCAGGAGGACACGCAGCGGGGCCUGGAGGAGGAAUACGCUAGCCUGAAACAGCAGAGUCCGCGGCACCGGAGCUACGAGGCCGAGUUGGACGUCAACAAAUCAAAGAAUCGCUUCAGCAACGUCCUGGCGUUCGACCAUUCUCGGGUGAGGAUUUCAAGGAAGGAAGGCGUGGCGCACACGGACUACAUCAACGCCAACUACAUCAAGGACCACGCCGAGCGGCCGAGCUUCGUGGCGGCUCAGGGCCCGAAAGACGAAACCCUCGGCGACUUCUGGCGGAUGGUGUGGGAGCAGAAGGUGACCGCCGUCGUCAUGCUCACCAACCUGAUGGAGAAGGGCAAGGUGAUGUGCACCAAGUACUGGCCGGCCGCAGGAGCCCGGCCUCUCGAGUGUGACAUUUUCCAGAUCCGAAACCUGACUGAAGUCAAGGAUUCCCUGUAUGUUUCUAGAAUCCUCGAAGUCACUGCAGGUCAGCAGAAGCGCAUCGUGAAGCACUACCACUUCCUUGCCUGGCCGGACUUCGGGACUCCGGAGCGCGAGGAGGAUCUGCUCGGGUUCAUCGCGGCCGUGAGGCGCUCCUCCGCCUCGGCCGCCCACCCCGUCGUCGUCCACUGCAGGGCUGGCGUGGGGAGGACAGGGACCUUCAUUGGACUCUGGAACCUGAUGGACGCCGUGGACGCCGGCCCCGACUCCUCGGGCAUCGAUGUCUAUCAGACGGUGCUCAACAUGAGGAAGAAUCGGCCUAUAAUGGUCCAGACCAUUGAUCAAUACCUAUACCUGUACAAAUGCAUUGCUACCUACAUCGAUUCCCCAGAGAAGUGGUCCAACCAGGGUUCAGAUCACGCUUACGAGAACGAAGGCUUCGAAGAUAGGAUGUAAUGCCAAGCUUAUCCCAUGGCGGUGGCCAAAGGCUUCUUCGCUUCACUUCAUUGGGACAGAGCCUACAGCCCCCCCCCCCCUCUCUCUCUCUCUCUCUCUCUCUCUCUCUCUCUCUCUCUCU